AUGGCGGUAUCUUGCAAUAUUGGGGAGAUAGACGUUAGCAACAAAGAAAGUAGAUUUCCAUUUUGGUUAAGAUGGAGUCGUACAUCAAAUGAUCUUCUAAAAUCCUCGGAGCAAAAACUGCUGUCACGAAUAAAAAGCGGUGUCGAGGCUUUUUUCGUGCCUAUUUUCAAUGGCUCCUGCUACAUUAGAACCUUUGUUUUCCGACGUCCUAAAUCGGAUCAAAUAUCGCCUACAGGCAAAACCAUAGAUACAAACCAAGCCAUUCCCAUUGUAUUGGUCCAUGGAUUUGGUUCUGGAUCUGCUCUUUGGUGUAAAAACAUUGAUGCGUUCGCCUGCUAUCGCCCUGUGUAUUCACUUGAUGUUCUCGGAUUCGGACGAAGCUCUAGACCUCCUUUCCCAGUCGACGCCACUGCAGUAGAGGAAAAGUGGGUCGAGUCUAUUGAGCAGUGGAGAUCAUCGUUAAACCUGGAGAAGUUUAUUUUACUUGGCCAUAGUUUGGGUGGUUUCCUAGCUUGUUCUUAUGCACUUACUCACUCCAACAGGAUUGUUCAUUUGAUCCUAGCAGAUCCUUGGGGUUUUGUCGAGGAUCCUUUAAAAGUUAAAGAUCAGUCGAAUGUAGGUGCAGCUCAAGCAUGGAUAUUUUCGACUUUCCGUCAAAUAUUCCGUCCCUUUAAUCCUUUAUCCUUUCUUCGUGCUGCCGGGCCUUUCGGGCCUAGCCUUAUCCACUAUUUCCGUCAGGAUCUAAGAGGGUUUUUCGAUCAAAGACCCAUUCGCGUGGAAGAGAUGACAGAAAUACCUCGAGCAGAAGAACUUGAAUCGACCCAGAAUUUUUCUUACGAUAAUCACAUUCAGUCAACUAAUGGUGAGGAUGAUGUUUUCAAGCUUCCAUCACCGAUCCACAGAACGAUGAAGACUGGGGGGACCGUCUAUGACAAAUCAAAUUCCAAUACAAUGGAUUCUAUUGAUUUAAACGAUUUGGAUGGGUCUGUAGCUUUGGAUUACGUCUAUCAUAUUAACUGUCAGCAUCCAAGCGGUGAAACAGGAUUCAAGUCAUUAUGUAGUUCAGUUGGAUGGCCUCAACGCCCAAUGUUAGACAGAAUUAGUCAACUCGAUCCUAAUGUUCCUGUCACCUUUAUAUAUGGUUCUCGAUCAUGGAUGGAUUUAUCAUCAGGAUAUAGAACUCGUGUAUUACUUCCUAAUUCGUACGUAGAUGUAAAGGUAAUCGAAGGAGCCGGACAUCAAGUGUAUGCUCAGAUGUCUGAAGAAUUCAAUGCUUAUGUAAAUAUGAUUGGACAACGCGUUGACAGUGGUGACUCAUUUACUCCGGGAGUUUAUAAUCCAAAUCCAGACUCUAAAAGAACAACAUGCUUUAAUGGUACGAAUAAAACCAAUGAAAAUAUAGAGUCCCGUGGUAACAACACUUCGAUAAAGGGACAUAAUAGCCGGAUUCGUCAUAAGCGUUCGUCUUGUUCAUCACUUCAGGGAGAUACUUCAAUGCUAGCUCAAUCUAAUCGUUAUAUUCAAAACAGUAAGCAUGUUUUUCCAAAUGAAGAAGCAAGUGACGAAGCAUCUGAUUAA